AUGCGAUGCGGGACGCGAUGGACGGCGGCGACGGCGCGACGACGCGCGACGACGGCGAGCAUCAAGAGCACGGAGAAGGCGAACGGGAAGGCGUUUCGCAAACCCGUGGAGUCGCGGUCGUCGAUCCGGAUGGGCAUUCCUUCCAAGGGUCGCAUGGCUGAAGACACGCAGGCGUUGUUGAAGACGUGUCAGUUACCGGUGAAAAAGUUGAACCCGCGACAGUACGCGGCGGAGAUCCCGAGCGUGCCGGGAAUGGAGGUUUGGUUUCAACGCGCCACGGACGUGGUGCGCAAGAUUGUUUCGGGCGACAUCGACGUCGGCAUCGUCGGGUACGAUAUGCUCGCCGAGAUCGCGUACGGUGACGAUGACAUUGUCAUCGUGCACGAUGCGCUCGGGUUCGGUGGAUGCCACCUCGCCGUGGCGAUCCCGCAGGCGUGGGACGAGAUUAACAGCAUGCGAGAGUUGAUGGCGCUCCCGAAGUGGGGACCGGCGCGUCCGUUGCGCGUGGUCACCGCGUACCCGAGCGUGGCGAAGCAAUUCUUCGAGGAUAUCGGGUUCGAACACGUGGAAAUUACCACCGCGGACGGUGCGUUGGAGGCGGCGCCGGCGAUGGGCGCCGCCGACUGCAUUCUCGAUUUGGUUAGCAGCGGGACGACGCUUCGAGAGAACAACUUGAAGGAGAUCGAGGGCGGGCGCGUGCUCGACAGUCAAGGGGUUUUGGUCGCGUCCAGGGAGGCUUUGCUGAAACGCGAAGGUUUGUUAGAGAUCGUUCACGAACUUCUCGAGCGUCUUGAGGCUCACUUGCGCGCCGAGAGUUUGUUCAUGGUGACGGCGAACGUCCGCGGCGAUUCUCCGGAAGCCGUGGCGGCUAAGCUCAACAGCGCGGCGACGUUGCGCGGUUUACAAGGUCCCACGAUUGCGCCGGUGUACACGCCGCAACCGGACGGUUCUGGAAAGGCGGGCGAGUACUACGCGGUCUCCGUGGCCGUGCCAAAGUCUCGUAUUUAUGAAACCGUCAAGAAGUUGCGAGGAAUGGGCGGCAGCGGCGUUUUGACGUUCCCGCUCACCUACGUCUUCGACGAGGAACCGCCCCGUUGGAACGCGCUGAUGGCUAACCUCGGCCUCGACGCCACCAAGUACGAGCACCUCAAGGUGAUGUAA